AUGGGACUCGAGGAGGUGGACGCGCACGAGUUGCGGCGGCAGACGGUGACUCGGUUCUCGGAGGAUCUUCGAUCUGUGCGUUUUGAGGCGGCAGACGGCAAUCAUGUCGUUCAGGAGGUCAAGUUGUUGGCAAAGAAGGAGGAUCUGCUCUUGGAAUGGUUCUGCGACGGUGAGGAAGAUGAGAUUGAAUCACACAAAAGGGUGUUGGUGAGAAGGUUGAUCUCUGGUUCUCCAGAGAGGAGAGAAGAUGAGGUUGGAGUUGGCGAGGAAGAGGAGAAGUUCAAUAAUCAAAUGGCUUCUUCUUCAGCUAGUCUUGCCUUCUUUGCCAUCUCCAUGGUUCUGCUUUCCUCGGUUGCUUUGGCUACUGAUUUUGUUGUGGGUGAUGACAAGGGUUGGACUCUUGAUUUUAACUACACAGUUUGGGCACAAGACAAGGUUUUCCGUGUCGGUGACAACCUUUUGUUCAACUAUGAGAACUCGAAGCACAACGUGGUGAAAGUGAGCCAAACAGAGUUCCACGAUUGCAGUUCCACGGCAGCGAACGAUGUACUCUCAAGCGGAAAGGACGCCAUCACGCUGAAAUCAGAAGGGAGGAAGUGGUACAUUUGCGGCAAAGGCAACCACUGCAGCAAUCAUCAAAUGAAGCUCGUCAUCAACGUCGAGUCUGCAGCUCCGACACCGGCUCCCACUUCCUCCGCUCCUUCUCUCGUCGCUUCUCUCUCUGCUGGGGCCCUCAUCGUUGCCGGAGCAGCAAUCCUUGCCUGA